AUGGACCUCCAGGAUUUGGCAGUAGGAACAGUGUUCUUGCUUCAGAGCACAGUUGGAAUUGUGGUAAAUUUAUCUCUCCUUUCCUGCUACUUCAUCCGUUACUAUGUUGAACAGACAUUAAAGACCACAGACUUGAUUCUGACACACCUGCUCAUGGCCAAUUCCUUGAUUAUUCUUUCUAAAGGAAUUCUAGAGACAGUAAGGGCUUUGGGGAUGAAAGGGUUCUUCAGCGAUUUUGGCUGCAAACUUCUCUUGUAUAUUCAAAGACUUGGCAGGAGCAUGUCCAUUGGCACCACCUGUCUCUUGAGUGUUUUCCAAGCCAUCACCAUCAGCCCGAGUGACUCCUGUUGGAACUGUCUUAAAUUCAAGGCUCCAAAGCACAUUGGCCUCUUCACUUCCCUCUGCUGGAUGCUCUACAUGUCAGUAAAUAUGAUUUUCCCUGUGUAUAUGUCCUCCAAGGGGCACAGCAAUAACCUCACAUGUAAGAGUGAUAUGAAAUACUGCUCCACUGCAGGUCAUGAUGGCCUCACAAGCUCAUUAUACAUAGCGUUUUUUGUUCUCCCUGAAACUUUGCUUUCUGUCCUCAUUAUCUGGUCCAGCAGCUCCAUGGUUGUCAUUCUGUACAGGCACAAGCAACAGGUUCAACACAUCCGGAGCACCAGUGUUUCCUCCAGAACGUCCCCUGAGUCCAGAGCCACCCAGAGCAUCCUGGUCCUGGUGCUCACUUUUCUGGGUUUUUAUGCCCUCUCCUCCAUCUUACAAGGUUGUGUUGCUCUCAUACAUAAUCCUGGCUGGUGGCUGAUGAACAUCACGGGCAUCAUUUCUAUGUGUUUUCCUACUGUGAGCCCCUUUGUUGUGAGCCAUGAUGCCACUGUGCCAAGACUGUGCUAUUCCUGA